AGUUUAAAAUUAUGAGAGGUCAAGGGAUUAAUGUCGGAAAACGCCAUAAAAAUUUACACUUCACCCUCGCUCACUCUCUCUCUUCUAGAAUAAAGUGCGACGCGGCGGCUGUCGUAGGACCUAAUCGGAGCUCCGACGAGAAAACCCUAGGACGCUUUCACUCUGGAUCUCGCUCGUGUUCUUCUCUUUAGGGUUCGUUCUUAUCGGAUCCGGAUCCGGGUCGAGGAAUGUACAGCGGAUCCGCGCUCGCCGCCACGUCGGCUGCGGAGCCUAGGGUUUACCAAGCUUGGAGAGGUAGCAAUAUAUUUUUUCUUCAAGGGAGAUUUAUAUUCGGCCCUGAUGUGAGAUCAUUAUUUCUCACGAUAUUUCUUAUUGUCGCUCCUGUUGCUGUUUUUUGUGUAUAUGUUGCCAGAAAGCUAAUGGAUCAUUUUGCUCAUCAUCUUGGGAUAUCUAUAAUGUUAGUUGCUGUUGCAUUCACCUUAUAUGAUCUAGCUCUUCUUCUACUUACUUCUGGAAGAGAUCCGGGUAUCAUUCCUCGUAACGCACACCCACCAGAGCCUGAAGUUUAUGAUGGAAACACGGAAGUUGGGGGAGUUCAAACACCACAAUUACGGUUACCUCGAACAAAGGAUGUCACUGUUAAUGGAAUGACGGUGAAAAUUAAGUAUUGUGAUACUUGCAUGCUUUAUCGACCUCCUCGGUGUUCACAUUGUUCAAUCUGUAACAACUGUGUACAGCGGUUUGACCAUCACUGCCCUUGGGUGGGGCAGUGCAUUGGACUUCGAAACUAUCGAUUCUUCUAUAUGUUUGUUUUCUCCACAACUCUUCUUUGCGUCUAUGUCUUUUCUUUCUGCUGGAUCUACAUCAAGAAAAUCAUGGACGCUGAGCAAACUACUGUAUGGAGAGCAAUGGCCAAGACUCCCGCUUCCAUCAUUCUCCUAAUCUACACUUUCAUAUCAGUAUGGUUCGUUGGAGGCCUCUCUGUCUUUCAUUUAUAUCUCAUGAGCACUAACCAGACAACAUAUGAAAACUUCCGCUAUCGAUAUGAUCGACGUUCAAACCCUUACAACAUAGGAUUAGUGAAUAACUUCAAAGAGGUAUUCUUCACAAGCAUCCCACCCUCUAAGAACAAGUUCCGGGCUAGGGCUCAUGGAGAUAAAGGGUUUAAUGCUCGUGCAGUGAGCGGUGGAGGGUUUAUGAGCCCGAACAUGGGGAAUGGGGUCGGAGAUAUGGAAGUAGGAAGGAAGGCAGUGGCUUGGGACGGUGAAAUAGAAGGAAAUGGAAGUGAUUUAGAGGUAGGUGUGAAUAAUGAGAUGAUAGAAGAUAAAGAUGGUGUUGGUGUUGGUGUUGGAUUUCCCAGUCCUUCGCCAGAUUUGAAUCAAGUUAGGGUAACGACGGAGUCAAACCCUAGACAAGGUAGCUGGGGCCGGAGAGGUGGGAAUUGGGAUAUGCCACCGGAGACGCUAGGAUUAUCUGCCAGAGUUGGAGGAUCAGAAUUGGGGAAUGAGGGAGUUAGAUAGGAUUUGUGUAUGUUGAGUUUGAGUUAACUUAGGGUUUGACGAUGUGGGAUGGUUUGGGAGAGUGAAAUUGGUUUUGAUGAUAGGAAGAGAUUGAGCAUCAUUGUAUUUUAUGGUCUGUAGUUUCUCUUUGCUGAUGUUUUUGUGUGCAUUUUUUCUUCAUUUGUUGGUUGUUGCAGUCUGAAAUGGCUUUGGCUUGUGGUUUUCUCUGA